UCCUGUCUGCUCUGCUUUCCCUCGAAGUAGGCACCCGUCCAUUUCCAAGACAUAUUUGACCCAUGGAUCUAUUUUAUGCUUGUCACAGCCUUUGAAGAGAACAGCCACCACACUCAUGGCAGGGAUUUUGCGCUCAUUAGUUCAGAGACCCCCAGGCAGACUCCAAACUGUAACAAAAGGUGUGGAGUCUCUCAUUUGUACAGAUUGGAUUCGUCACAAAUUUACCAAGUCAAGAAUUCCAGAUAAAGUAUUUCAGCCUUCACCUGCAGAUCAUGAAAAAUAUGGUGGGGAUCCACAGCAGCCUCAUAAACUACAUAUUGUUACUAGAAUGAAGAGUACAAAAAGAUGUCCAUAUUGGGAAAAAGAUAUAAUAAAGAUGCUUGGAUUAGAAAAAGCACAUACUCCUCAAGUUCACAAGAAUAUCCCUUCAGUGAAUGCAAAACUGAAAGUGGUUAAACAUUUGAUAAGAAUCAAGCCCCUGAAGUUGCCACAAGGACUUCCAGCAGAGGAGGACAUGUCUAACACGUGCCUCAAGAGCACUGGGGAGUUAGUGGUGCGGUGGCAUCUAAACCCUGUAGAUCAGGGAGCAGUUAAGUCCUAAUGCCAGAGCAGGGUCAUAUUGAAAAAUGUGCAUCAUUUUUAUUUAAAGAUAGAAAAUGUUCUCAUUAAAAUAUAUUUUAA